ACCUGGGAGUGGGGUGAAGGGAAUCUUGUUCUGGGACCUAUAGUAGGCCUUCCUAGAGCGAAAAAUCAGCAAGUUCUCCUGCGCUAUAAUCCUCAGCCUGCACAGAUAAUAAAGUGAUUGAUGCUAUUCAUCGAUUCAAACUGUGCAUCCUGGGGGCGUGACUAGGGGCGGGGCCUGCGGGCGUCCUGGAGACGGUGCUUAGCAACGGCAGCUGUGGGGGCCGACGGGGCUAGGAGCCUAGGAGACUGCGCCCGCUGGCCGGCGGAGAGAACCUCCUGCAAGGGGACUCAUGGCAGACUCCGAAGAGGAUGCUGUGACGCUUGACGAGGAUCACUUAGGACCCAUCCCAAAGCCAUGGGUGAUUUCAUCUCCAGUGGAUACCCUGGAGAAAAUAUUUGGGAGCAGCAAGGUGUUUCAGAUCAUUGAGCUAAAACCAAAGGUUGUGACAUUAACAGUACCUCUCAAAGUCGGAGAAUAUUACACUCAAGGCCAGCAGUGCUUGGAACAAGAGGACUGGGAGACGGCUGUGCUGUUCUUCUCCCGUGCCCUCCAUCUGGACUCUAAUUUGGUGGACUUUUACGCCUUGCGAGCUGAGGCCUACCUCCAGCUCUGUGACUUCUCCUCGGCUGCCCAGAACCUGCGAAGGGCCUUCUCUUUCCAGCCAGAUAAAACCAGCUACCUGGAGCGACUAGGCUUGGUGCUUUCCCUACAGGGCCAGUGCCUGUUUGAACAGUGUGCCUUUUUGGAUGCCUUGAAUGUGUUCCUACAAGCUACAGAGAUCCAACCAGACAAACCGUGUUUCCGAUACCGAUGCAUGGCCUGUCUCCUAGCCCUCAAACGGCACCACGAUUGCCUGGCUUUCACCAUCAAGGAGGUGAGAAGAGACACCACCAACCCUGACGUCUACAUCCUCCGGGCACGGCUCUACAACUUCUUUCAGAAGCCCAGCCUCUGCUAUCAAGACUUGCACAAGGCCUUGCUGUUGGACCCCAAGCAUUUGCAGGCUAAGAAGCUGCUGAAGAAGAUGGUGGAACAGUCCCAGAAGGCACGCUGGGAGGCUGGGAUUCUUGCUGUGCAGGGCAAGCUGCAGCACGCACUGCAACGGAUCAACUGCGCCAUUGACAACAACCCUCUGGACCCCAGCUUCUUCCUUUUCCGGGGCACCCUGUACCGGCGGCUCCAGGAGUUCGAUACUGCCACCGAGGACUUCCUGAAGGCACUGGACAUGGUGCCUGAGAGCCAGGAAUACAUAGUGCAGCAGACUCAGCGCCAGCUGCUGCUGGCCUACAAUGACUUUGCCGUGCACUGCUACAAGCAGGGAGCCUACCAGGAGAGCGUACUUCUGCUCAACAAGGUGCUCAAAGACGAGCAGCAUGAGAAAGGCCUCUACAUCAACCGAGGCGAUUGCUUUUUCCAGCUGGGCAACCUGGCCUUUGCUGAGGCAGACUACAAGCAAGCGCUGGCCCUGAGUCCGCAGGAUGAGGGCGCCAAUCUGCGGAUGGGUCUGCUGCAGGAGAAGCUGGGCUUAUGUGAGAAGAGGAGCAGGAAGUUCGAUAGGGCAGAGAGCCACUUCUCAAUGGCCAUCCAGCACAACCCCCAGAAGGUCCAGUACUACCUAUACCGGGCUAAGAUCCGGCAGCUCCUGCAGAACUUUUUUGGCGCCCGCCAGGAUGUUGCCACGGUCCUGCUCCUCGAUCCCAAGAACCCAAAGCUGUUGCCGCUGCUGUCCGUCCUCUUCCCAGGCAUGACGGUGGAGGCGGUGCGUAACAGCCAGGUGGGCCGCCUGGCCAUGCUACAGCUGAAACGAAGGAUAGAGAGCAACCUUCAGACCAACAUCCCUUACAGCAUCAUGGGGCAGUUCAGGCAGCGGGAACUAGAGCGCCAGAAGGCCCGAGCCAUGUGGCAGAGGGAGCUGCCUUUGUCUGAAGCCCUUAGAGAGUCCUCUUUCCAGACCAUCCAGGAAAAGCCAGCACAACCACAGCAAGAGGAGAAACCCACACCUGACCCUAAGAAGGUGAUGUCCCUGUCUGAAAGCUACCUCGGCAAGACCUCUUCACUCUCCCUGUUGGGCUACAGGACCACAGGCUCCUCAGACACAGAGACGUCCUCUACCUGCCAGGAAUACAGAAGCCCCUCAACCACCACUGGGACACUCUCUGAGUCCUCACUGCUGGAGACACAUUCCUCAGAUCUUUGGUAUAACUGGGAAAACUCCAGAUCCAGAAAAUCCACCCAGAACCAGAGCCAGAGUUCUAGCAAGAUAGAGGCUGCCCUGGACAAGAGCCAGAGACUCAGCAGGACCGAAGCACCCCAGGGUCAGAAACAGAACUCCAUCAGGACUGAGCUUGCCUGGGACCACAGAAAGAAAUGCAUCAGGACUGUGUUUACUCAGGAUCAGAGAGAGAAGCCCAGAAGGACUCAGGUUGCCCUAAGGCAUAGACUGAAACACACCAGGGCUGAGAGUGCCCGAGAGCAGAGGCCCAGCAAGACAGAGGUCUCCCAGGGCCUGAGCAAGAAGCCCAACCUGGAAACCGCUCAAAGCCCAAGGCAGAAACAGAAGACCAAGGCCACCCAGCACCCAAGGGGGAGGCAUAAGUUCCGAAAGGCAAAGCUUUCCCAGGGUCUGAGCUGGGGACUGAUUCGAAGUUCCAGUAAAACUAAGUCAUUCUAUACCCCAAAUUGGAGCCCCAGCAAUGCAGAGCUCAGCCAGGAUGACGAUCAGUGGCCCAGUCAGGCUGUACCUGCUCAAGACAGUACCCAGAGCACACUCCCAAGUCUCAGCAAGACUGAAGUUGACUGGAAGCCACACCCAAGUCUCCACAGAUCCCUGGCCACCCAUGACCAGAACUCCAGCCCCCAGAACACCAAGGCUGGCCAGGACUCCAGGUCCAACAGUAACACUGCUCUCUGAUGGGGUCACGGAGCCC